AUGUAUCAUGCCAUUAAAGAAUGGGGUGGAACUCCUUUUGGCUUUAUUGAUGAUGUGACUAUUACCGUUGAAGGUAAAAUUGAAGAAAAUACCAAAAGCUUAAGCAACAUAUUAGAAAAAUGUUGUAAUUGGGCUAAAUCAAGAAUGACCAAAAUUGAUUUGGGUGAUAAAUUGGGUUUUAUUCAUUUUACAAAAAAUGUGAAACCUAAAGAUGAGAAAGUGCAACUUACUUUACCUAAUGGAGAACUUCGUGAACCCCAGAAGGAAGUUAAAUUGCUUGGAAUUACUUUGAACAAUCUGCUUGAUUUUAAAUCUCAUAUUUUGAAUAAAAUCAAUAAAGCAAGAAAAGCUGUUGGUGCUAUUUGGCAUCUUGGUGGCGUGCAAAAAGGUAUGCGAGGGUCUGCAGUCAGAUCACUGUAUAUUGCUUGCGUGAGACCAAUUGUCGAAUAUGGCUUAGAAAUUUGGCAUCACAAAAUUUUGAAAGGAGAAAUCCACAAGUUGGAAGUAAUGCAGAAUAUGGCUUUAAGAAGAAUUGUUGGUGCUUAUCGCACAACUCCUAUUGCGGUACUACAAAAGGAAGCUGGUAUUAUGCCAUAUAGUAUUAGGCUAAAAUUUAUGGUGGCACGAAAAGCUAUUCGUUUACACCUAAAUAUUAGCAAAACUAAUCCUAUUAAUGGUCAUUUGUUAACAUUGAUUGAGAAAUCUCCAAUUGCAAAGCUAACCACGCUUUACAUGUUGGCGAAAGAUGAUAGAGACUAUAUGAUUAAAAAGGAUGAAAAACGAAAAUGCAAGAGGGUUGAACCACUUACACUGAAACAACAACAAAAUCAGACGAUUGGAAUUUUGAAAAAACAAGCAAUGGAAGAAUGGCAAGAAAUGUAUUGGAACAGCAGUAAGGAUCUGUGGUAUCAUAAUAUCACAGUGGAGUCGAAAUGUACUGAUAAUCUUUCCAAAAUGGUUACGGGAGUGAUCAUGAAGAAAGAUAGUCGAAGGAUCUUGAGUAAUAUUACUCAGUUUCGCACAGGCCAUGGCAACUUUGGCGCAUGGUUUAAAAAGUUUGGAAUUGAAAAGGAUAGUUACAACUGUAAAUGUGGAGAGCUGGAAACAGUUCAUCACAUUUUAGUUGAGUGUCCUUUGCUUGAAGAGGAAAGAAAAGGACUGAAACGGAUAUCUCCAGAGAUGGACAUGUCGACUCUCUUAAACAGUUUAACUGGCUUACAAGAGAUUGUAAGCUUUAUCUCUGCUUGGAGGGAUUAA